CUGAUAUAAACGUCUUCUUUUGUAUUUGCUGAUUAGGAAAAAAAUAUAAAAAGAUUGGUGAAGUAGAAGACUUGAGAGAAGGAGAGGGAGAGAGAGAGAUCUACGAAUGAAUGAAUGAACGAAGAGAAGCAAAAGUCGCCAGUGGGAGCAAAUGCAUCGUACAGAGAAUAUUGUCAGAAAAGCCGCGCAAUCUGUUCUCCUUCCAUUUGCUCUUUCCCAGUUUACCUCUUUGCCCUCCUCCAUUUUUAUUAUUUACGGGUCUUGUCUCUUAUUAUUGGGCUUCUCUCCUUAAAUGGGCUUCUCUUUCAUUACAAUGGUUUGGUUUUUGGUUACGACUCGGUUUGCGUGGGAAUGGAUUAAACCGAAUUAUAGAGAGCAUGUGGUCAUGGGAUCAUGUGGCAUGGUUGUCUCUUCUUUUCUCUCACUUUAGUUUCUUCUCUAGGACUACUUGUUCUGUGCUUCCUCUUGAUAGUAUGAACCGCAACGAAGAUAACGUUGAGCCGACAAUGAAAGAUGAAAGUCCAUUCGGGAAGCUUUCAGAGGAUCUCUUGAUAGAGAUAUUCAUCAGAGUUCCAAUUACAAAUUGGGAUCAAAUAUCUUGUGUUAGAAAACAGUGGGCGAAUUUGUUCCGAGGAGAAUGCUUAUGGCAGGCUGCUCUGAACCGGACGUAUCCUCUUGCUAGCAAAACUAAGAGAUGGACUGGACCAAUCCGGCAAGGAUUAAGCAAACGGAGAUAUGUGGCUUUGUACAUCAGCAGGAACAUUUUAGGUGUGGAUACAGACAUAGAUGAGAUGCUUGGACAUAUUUACUUGUUCUUGAAAGAUCAGCUUCAACUUUCCACUACGCCUGCUUCAGGCAUCUUGCAUGGAACCCUCAUUGAUCAAUUGAUUGUUUGUGGCAAAUCCAAAGAAGAAGCUGAUGAGCUUGUGACAAAGAUCUGGCUUGCUCUUCUCGACAAUUUAGAGGACACGAAACAUACAUUUAUCGUGCUGAAGUCAAUCGCACAAGAAUAUGAUGGCUUUCUUCCAUAUCCUUACUUAAGACCGAUCAAGAUGCAGUGGAAGGUGUUUGAGAGACUGUUUGUGGAUUUCCGCGACUUGCUUGAUCAUUCAGAGUACUGCGACCUUAUAGGAAUUGCCAAGAAGAAGUUUCAAACAGUGCCUUAUAUUUGGUUUGUUCAGUUAUCCACUUUCUUCUUCGAAAUGGCUCUCACGAAAGUUUUGACGAUUCUCGUUCUCUGUGUUUUGGUAUCAACAUCAACCUUGACGCAAUCCAGCGAUGGAGGACACAUCUCUAUACUCGUCUCAAAAACCGGUCUUGAGUUUGCGAAAGAUUUUCUCAUUAAGAAAGUGAUCUCUACGACGAUUCCGCUUCAGCUACCAGGGAUCGAGAAGAAGGUUAGAAUCCCUUUGAUCGGGAAAGUUCGAAUGGGUCUCUCGAAUAUUCAGAUUGAUGCAGUUGAUGUCCAGUCUUCGAAGGUCGAAACGGGAAAAGAUGGAAUCGUUUUGAGUGUUUCAGGUACGACAGCAGAUUUGAGCAUGGGAUGGUCCUAUACUUAUAGAGCUUCCUUCUUUCAGAUUUCUGAUCAUGGAGAUGCUUUUGUUAAGGUUAAAGGAAUAGAUGUGAAAACCGCUGUCACUCUGCUUGAUGAUAAUGGAAGUCUAAAGAUUGCCACACGGGAAAGUGAUUGUAGAGUGGACAACAUCGAUAUUCAUAUCAACGGUGGUACUUCUUGGCUGUAUCAAGGGGUGGUUGAUGCAUUUCAAAAGGCGAUUAUAUCUACUGUUGAAAGCACCGUCUCUAAGAAAGUUUUGGAGAAGAUGGGGAAGCUUGAUUCUUUUUUGCAAUCACUUCCAAAAGAGAGGAAGAUUGAUGACUCUGCGGCCGUCAAUCUCAGUUUUACAGGCAACCCUGUCUUAGGAAAUUCUUCGGUUGAAGUUGGAAUCAAUGGUUUAUUCAUGCCAAAGGGUAAUGAUAUUAAAGUAUCAGGGUCUCGUUCUUCUUCCUUCUUUGGCGGGGUUAACAGAAUGGUCACAAUUUCUAUAGAAGAAGAAGUUUUCAACUCUGCAACACUUGUCUACUUCAAUGGUAAGGUGAUGCAUUUGGUUAUUGGUGAAACAAAGAACGGGUCGAUUCUAAGCACAUCUGACUGGAAACUCAUCCUUCCAGAGCUGUACAAACAUUAUCCAGAUGAUAAAAUGAUGCUUAAUAUGUCAGUAACAUCUCAUCCUGCUGUUAGAAUCAGCGAGAAUGGAAUUGAUUCGACGAUUCAGCUAGAGAUAGGAAUCGAUGUUCAAGACUCUAGAGAAGUCCUGUCUGUGGCACGCAUAUCAACGGUUUUGAAUGUUGCGUGUUCUGUGGAAAUCGCAGAGAACAAUCUAACUGGUAGCCUCGGAUUAAUAGAUUUCAAUGCAACAAUGAAGUGGAAUAAAUUUGGAGAGCUUGAGUCAAACGAUGUCCAGGCUGCUACGUCUAGGAUUCUUGAAGCCUUGUUUUUGCCGUACGUAAACACACGCCUCAAGAGAGGAUUCCCCUUGCCAAUUCCAAGCGAAUUCACGAUAAAAAACAUAGAGAUUGCUUAUGUUAAAAGUGCCAUUUUAGUCCAUACCAAUAUAGGCACUAGCACAAGCACAAACCACUAGUCUAUUGUAUAACUUCUUAUAGUGUAUGUAAGUCGUAUGAAUAUUAAUAAAACUCUCCAAAAAUCAAAACAAAAAAAAAACAUAAUGAACCAAA